AUACAUAAUAAGCUUUAUGGAAGCCCAGCAGGUAGGAACCUUAAGAAGGUUCCUAAUUUACUUCCUUGGUUUUUAGCAGAAUCAAGUAUGUACCUACUAGCUCUGUUUUGUUUUGUUUUUUUUUACCCUGAUCUUAGAAACACCUCUGAUAGGUAAUCCUGUGGAUUACCUCAAAACUAAACCAGUUUGAAUAUCCUUACAGGUGGAGACUGCUACAGGGGUGUCCGUAACAGGUCAAUGUAAGCAUGAAAACAUAUUUAUCUUCAAAGUAUUGUGGGGAAAGUUAGGAAACAAGUACAACACACUGUUUCAGUAGGAAGAAAAUCUCAUAAUGGCACCAUCAAGAAGAAAGCAUGCAGGAAAAGCUGGUAAACCAGAAGAGGAAGAUCAAGCCAUACCUGCCUAUGACUUUCAGGAGGAGAGAAAAGAGCUGAGUGGAUCAGAGGAAGAUAUUAGAGAAGGUGAAACACCAGUAAUAGACAAGCAUGGAAAGAAAAGACCUUUGGUGACUACUCAUGUGGUUCCAGAUGAUGUGGGGGGUGAAGUACAGAAUAUGCUGGAAAGAUUUGGAGCUGACAUUAACAAGGCUCUCUUAGCUAAGAGGAAAAGAUUAGAAAUGUAUACAAAAGCCUCGCUCAAAACUAGCAACCAGAAGAUUGAACAUGUUUGGAAAACACAGCAGGAGCAAAGGCAGAAGCUCAAUCAUGAGUUCUCCCAGCAGUUCCUGACUUUAUUUCAGCAAUGGGAUGUAGAUGUGCAGAAAGCAGAGGAGCAGGAAGAAAAACUAGCGAAUAUGUUUCGUCAGCAACAAAAAGUUUUUCAACAGGCAAGAAUAGUUCAAAGUCAGAGACUGAAAACCAUUAAGCAACUCUAUGAGCAAUUCUUAAAGAGCAUGGAAGAGCUGGAGAAGAGCAAUGAAAAUCUUCUAGCUGGUACACAAAGUGAACUUCGCAAAGAAAUGGCUAUGUUGCAGAAGAAGAUUAUGAUGGACACUCAACAGCAGGAGAUGGCAACUGUUCGCAAGUCUCUUCAGUCCAUGUUAUUCUGAUGGCUCAAUGGAGAAACAACUUGUACCUAAGUAACAUGAUACAAGUAUAGGCAUUAGCCAUAGAGAAGUAUGUUAAGAUUUAAAUGUUUCAAAGUUCCUAUUAAAUGCUUUCAUGGAUUGUUCUAAUCUUGUGUCUGAUAAUGAUUUAAGAAUGUAUAUUAGUAAAUUUAUUACUGGGGGGGGGAGAAGGGUAUGGACCCCAAACCAUUUACUGUCCAAUUUAACUACUUAAUACUAAUUUUCAAUAGCACUGGAUUGU